GGCAGGCACAGGCACUAGGCAAGCAGGCACCGACAGGCCCCAGCAGCCCCCCGCGACACACUUCCCCAGCCGUGCCGCCGUCAGCGUGAAGCUAACUUUCGCCACGAGCACCGCUGAGCACCGCUGACCCCCAUGACUCCGGCUGUGUAAUUUGGGCCGACGACUGAGUGACUGCGGUGCCGGCCCCUGACCUCUGACCUCGGCCCUGGCCCCCUCAUCCUCCUCCUCCUGAAGCCGGCCGUGCGUGUGUCUCUGCUAACUCAACACUUGCUCGACCGCUGCACCGACCUUCGCGCCGAGCAGAGUUUGAAAAGGUCAUGCUAGCGCUUUGUCUCGCCGGCAACACUCGUGGAGGUCAGUUAAGGUCACAGUCCUGCAGGCGACCACUCUACUUGCUGGGGUGACCUAAGCCUUACCUUCCCCUCCCUUCUCCUCCUACCCCCGACAGCUGCAGCGGUGGGGCAGUCAAGUGGUGAGAGUCUUGGCGGGGAGUGAAGGGGCGGGGUGAGGGGGCGCCCCAGGUGAACCCCAUUACUGGGAAAGUUUGUGUAAAGCGGCGCCCCCCACGACCCCGCCAUGACUAACAGAAUGAGGCGCACUUAAAUUUCUUCCUUGAUGGCUGGUGGCGCCCCUUACUUGCCCCGACACGCCCUGCGCCUCCUCCGCCCCUCACCUCGACCUUCCGCGCGGCUCCCUUUCACCUAUACCCAUAUUUUCCUCGCACACUCGCCCUCCACACUUCUUCACCGCGUCUUGUUUCCACCUCCUUUUGACAAUACAAGGACGCGUGCUCCUCCCUCGCCCCUCCGCCGCCGCCCCAACCCUUCCUCUCCUCUUCAGGCCGCACGCCCUCGCCUCACCUUCAAUAUCUUCCCUGCUCUCCUAAAUUUCUUAUUCCCCUUCCAUGCAGCCAUCAGCGGUGCCUCAUUAUCUGCCAUUCUUCAGCAUUAAAGGCUCGAAUGUCCUCUUCCUUCCCUCACCCUCGCCGCGUCCCUCUUCCUUUCCUCUUGUCGCGCUCUUAAUGCUCCGCCGCCAUGAGUGCUUUCCUUUUUCUUUCCUUCCUCCCUUCUAUUUUUCUCUCCUUCUUUCCUUCCUUCCCUCCUUCCCCUCUUCGUCAGUGUGGGUGGAUAACAACCUUUCUCUCUUCCUCUCCCUGCAGGCUUCCACCUCUCGGGCACCGUCAUGUGUACCCGCAGCUCCUUGGGUCCUCCCGCCGCGGCAGCCACCACCACCACCACCACGGCUGUCGACUCAACCACCACCUCCACCACCACCUCCACCACCACCACUACCACCACCACCAACACCACCCCAUCCACCUCCACGGCCCCGUUUAAGUGCCAAGUCUCCAUAUCCUUUGACAGGUGCAAGAUAACGUCGGUCACGUGUUCCUGCGACACGCGCGACAUCUUUUGGUGUCCGCACGUGGUGGCGCUCUCCCUCCACCGCAUCCGCCACGCCGACACCGUCCAGCUCAGGAUACCCAUCUCAGAGACGCUGCUGCAGAUGGACCGCCAGCAGCUGCAAAAGAUGAUGCAGUACCUGAUCAGCGAGCACCACACGGAAGUGCUGCCCACCGCCCAGAAGCUGGCUGACCAGAUCCUCCAACACAGCCACCCCAUCAACCACAUCCAAGGUGCCCCGGACCCCACGGCAGGAGGCAGUGCCGAGGAGGAGCACUGCUGGCACCUGGACGCUGAGCAGGUGAAGGAGCAGGUGGGGCAGUACCUCACUCAGGGCGGCUACUACAAUGCCAACAAGCAGCUCUACUUCAUGUUCACUAAAGUUCGUGAGAUGGUCCGGGCAAGAGACAGUAAUGGUGCUAAAAUGCUCACAAUGAUCACCGAGCAGUUCCUCAAUGAUCCCAGACUCUUGCUGUGGAAGACCCAGGGCACCCCCAUGACAGACAAGUGUCGGCAGCAUUGGGAUCACAUAGCUGCUCUGUGGGUGUGUGUGGUGCUGGCGCCUCACUGUGGCUCCAUGGAGAAACAGCAGUGGCAGAAGACCCUGGAGCAGUGGGCACAGACUGAUGUGUGUCCCCUGGAGGACCCAGACCACAGGCACCAGGAUAACAAUGACAGGAAUCACUCGGCAGCCUACUACAUGAGUUCUGAUGAGGAGUCUAGUGAUGAAGAUAAUGAGUUGCGACGGAGGGACCCAAACAGAGAGGCUAACAGGGACCCAUUCCAUCGCCACCACCACAACCCCCACCACAACAACCAAAGAGAUGUGCGAGACAGAGACAGAGAUAGAAGGUCAUCUCACAGGCGUCACAAGAGGCGGAGGAUCUCUGCUCCUCCUCGAACCAUUUUCCACCGAGCCAUCGACGCCUGCAGCAUGUCCUGGGAUGACCACCACCUCCGUACCAUCUUGGCAGGAGAAACUCCAGUGCUCAGGACCUCCCAGCAUUCUUCCUCCUACUACAAUGAACAUGGCCAACCUCUGUGGCAUGAGCCUGUCCCGGUCGCCUGCUCUCGUGUUGAUGCUCUGCGGUCCCAUGGCUACACCUGCGAGGCACUGAGACUGGCGGUGGCUGUGGUGCGAACUCUGAAACAGGCACAGAGGGAAGCGUACCUUUGGUGGGGAAGUAAAAGAGAUGAAAUGCUUCCAAGGUGUUCUGCCUCUAGAGCUUGUAGAUCUCUUGGUCCAGGAGCAUUAGAAAGUUGGGUGGGACAUCCCUUGGACCCAAUAACUUGUCUCUUCGAUACUUUAGCAGAAGCAUCUCUCUUGCCUGAAGACCUACCAAGAUUCCAGUACCAUAGUGAUUGGUUAGGAGUGGCAAAUGAAGAUGCUACUAACCUUGCCCCGCUGAGGUAUCGCCAUGUUCCCGUCCCUGGAUCCAGCGACCCCUGGGAAUCCUACCUCACCCUGGCCUUAGAAGCAGCUCUUAUUGGUCUAGGACAGCAGCGUGCUAUGCCACCUGGACUGUAUGCUCAGGAAAAGGCCUGCAAACAAGAAGAAAAGAUGAUUCUUAAGCUUCAAGAACUCAACCUUGAUUCCCCCCUGCUGGCAGUGCUGCGCCGGCAAGCCAGGCUGCUGCUGGAAGGUGGACCGUUCUCUGGCCUCGGGGAAGGGAUCCACCCAGAGAGUGUACCCAUGCACACCUUCACAAAGUUCCUAUUUACAGCUCUUUUGCCACAUGAUCCUGAUUUAGCAUAUCAGUUGGCAUUGAGAGCAAUAAGGUUACCUAUCUUAGAAGAUCAUGAUGAUGUAGAUGACCCAGUUAACGGAAAUGUGUCUUCUUUGGUGCUGUCUCGAUACCCCAGAUGGUUCACUUUAGGACAUAUUGAAACUCAGCAGUGUACUCUUGCUUGCACUAUGAUAAAUGCAGCUAAGAAUGAUGUCAUGCGUCUACGCUCUGUCUUGGAUGCAGCUCUGAGGAACAUCCACAGUUCCUCGCACCUCUUUAAGUUGGCUCAGGAUGCAUUUAGGUUAGGUCUGCCUGGGGAAGGACAAAGGAAUUCACUUCUGCUCAAUGCUGCCCUCGAACUUGGUCUCCAGGUUAUGAGGAUGACUCUCACCUCACUGAACUGGAGGCGGCGAGAGAUGGUGCGCUGGUUGGUGACAUGUGCCACGGAAGUUGGGGUGUCGGCUCUCAUCUCUAUAAUGCAAAAUUGGUUCACCCUCUUCACUCCAACGGAGGCAACCGGAGCAGUGGCGUCCACCAUCAUGAGUCACACCACAGUUAUGCGGUUACAGUUGGACCGGUCAAAACAAGAUGAGCUUGCUGCUUGUGCCAGAUCUCUAGCUUUGCAGUGUGCCACUAAAGACCCACCAAACUGUGCUUUGAAUGCCUUGACUUUGUGUGAAAGUGAUCCGGUAUCCUUUGAAACUGCCUACCAAGUUGUUGUGGAUGCAGCUGCUCACACCAUGUCAUCCUCCCAAUUGUUCACCAUUGCCCGCUACAUGGAACACCGUGGCUACCCACACCGUGCUUACACUUUGGCCAUGCUGGCAAUGCGUAGUGUUCAUCUGGCAUACAACCAAGACCCUCAUCCAGCGAUCAAUGACAUCCACUGGGCUGUGGCGCUGGCCCAUUCACUUGGUCGUAUGGAGUUGUCACAGCUUCUUCCGGUGCUCAUCAAGAAUGUCCAGUGUGCCACUGUGUUAUCGGAUGUCUUACGACGUUGCUCCCUUUCAGCUCCAGGAAUGGCGUGUCCGGACUCCAAACGUAGACCAAUAAAACCACUAGCUUUUGAUAAAGCUCCAUUACGAGGUCUUCUUGAAGCAACAAUUCUUGCUUAUAUCAACACAACCAAUUCACGCCUGACUCAUAUCUCCCCAAGACAUUACCAAGACUUUAUUGACUUUUUAACGAAAGCUCAUGAAACAUUUAUGCUUGCCCAUGAUGGACAUAUUCAAUUUGCACAGCUUAUUGAGAAUAUGAAAGUAGCAUACAAGGGCAAGAAGAAGCUCAUGUGUUUAGUGCGAGAACGAUUUGGCUGAUGUUUAGUGAAUCGGUAUCAAAGACAUUGUAGAAAAUGCUUCAGUAAAGCAUUAAGUUCUUCCUGUUAAACACAAAUACAGUGAAAUGUUUGCAGUUUCAAGAGACAGAUACAACAUUCAUAACCAAGUUUGAAAACUGUGUAGACAUGGCAUCAGUUCUUUAUUGGUGUUCACAAGUGAAAAGUAAAAUGUGUAUUUCUUCAGCAAAGUGAAGUGGUCCUUUUUCUUCAGGAGUGAGAUGCAGACAUUUCAGUUUCAGGAAUAUUUUAUAUAUAUUUUCUGAUUAUAGUUUGAUAAUUAGUGUAUCAGGUCUAUACUCUCAAUACCUAUUGUUAUGACAUUGAUGCUCAUUUCAAAUUAAUAUGCGCAACAAUUAUUUUUUUGUAAAGAACACAACUGUUCUAUUAUUUUGUACUUCAAUUUGUAUAUUAUUUAUUCAGUUGCUUUUGCAAGUACAUAUUGUGUAUUUAUACCAAAGAUUAGUGAGAAACUGAUGGGUUAGCAUUUUGCAUCCAAUCCUGAGCUGCAAGCAAGCCCAGUUGACAGUGUGAUAUUAUGCUAAGUGGAAUCCCACCUCUUACGCCCAUAUCACGCGGAGUUGGUACCGUCAGGGACUCCAGUACAAACCAUGGCAAAGUUCACAACCCGUAAAAUGUUCUGGCUCUGUAGAUGCUCUUAUCCAAUCAAGUGAGUGAUGAAAUCUUUCAGUACACCAUGUUGGUCUGUCAUAACACAGAGGAGUCAAGAACCUACAUUCUCUAACGUGUGUCAUAAAUGGUAAUGUCCUUUUUCCAUACACGUCCUUACUAUGAAAUGCCUCAAAGCUAUAUAUUAGUUGAUGGAAUCUGAUAAGAGGAAUCAGGAGCCUAAGCAUUUAGCUUAUGUGAAUGCAGCCUUUUUGUCAGGCUUAUCUAAGUCUCUACCCUGCAAUAGCUUAUGUGGGUUGAAGAUGAAGAUUCUGUUACAAAUAUCUUUGGACGGGUUAUUUGCUGAUCAGAGAAAUGUCACCUUGCAGUCAAAAUAAGCAUUUGGAAAAAUAGAAUUGGGAAAGCCUUUAGUUAUGUGCAAGAUAUGGCCACUGGCAACAAUAUUUUAUGUAAUAAGCAAAAGAGAAAGAGACGAAUUUCAGAUUAAAGAUCUUGCUUGCCUCCUGCAAGCAGUGGUAAAUGAAUACAAUAAUUCCAAGGAUUGAAUGCAAAAAGGCUUUAGUAUAAUGUUUCAAGUAGAAUUAUUUGAGUAUUCAUAACUAAGGGCCAACUGUAACCCAUUCAUAAAGGAAAACAUCCUGUAUUGCUGGAGGUCAACCAAGGAAAGUACUGUAUCAAGUCGGAAAUAUUGUGCUGCUGUAGUGCUGCCUCUCUUAGCAAAGUUAAUUUCUGACAAUAAUGCACUUUAGUGAUCUACCUCUGUAUUCUUAUGUAGCAAACACAGCCGUGGCCUAUGUAGAUGGUUGUUUUUGUUUGCUGUCUUGCCAUAUCUUCAAAAGGUCCAGUGUGUUAUGUAUAUGAUCUCAUGUCUAAGGACAAAAAAAGUCUCUUUUUAGACUAUAGAUUUUCAAGUGUAUAUAUAUAUACAUAUACAUAUAUAUACAUAUGUGUGUAUUUAGUGUAUAAGGUGCCACAGUGCCCUCUGGCAUGGUUGUUUUAGGUCUCAUUUUAGUACCUUUUGACUUGAGUGUGACUUUCCUUCUGUUCCUGCUUCCAUGAGUGCUAGAAUCUGCUCCUUAUUUAUAGCCUGUCAGAAUAUCAGGGGUGUUUUUGGUACUGCAUGGGAAGGUGGAAAAGACUGAGAUAUCACAUUUUUAGGGCCAUGUUUAUUAAUUAAUUAGUCAAGAGGUUUUUUUCCACUUUUUUUCAUACAUUGGUUAGGAACUAGUUUAAUUAGUGUUAUAUUUUAUUACAGUGAUGUUGAAGCUUGUUUUACCCCUUUUUUAAAAGGAACUUCUUUUGUUGCCUAGUGUUACUACUGGUAUUAAGUUAUUUAUGUACAAACUAUUAUAUGCUGGUCAAUACCAAUGCCUCCUCAAACUUCCAAAACAGUUAUGUAUUGCACAUAUACACAAUGAGGCUCUAAGUCCUGUGUGUGAUUAACAGCAUGUAUGUAAAUAUUCAUAUGUCAAUAAUUUAAUGACCAUAUCUUCAGAAGCUUCAUCAGCCCAUUCUUGAUGUGUAUUGUGUCUGUAUAGGUCUGUGUCGACUUCCAAAUAGCAUACAAAAGUUGUCAAUAUUUUUUCAGUAGUAAAGAUGGGUAUGUUUUGUUGGUGAAUGUCAGCUUUCCAUUAUUUUUUACUUGAUGUCUUGUGUGGGCAAGUUGUAUAUGUAAUAUAUGGGAAGUAAUAAGAUAUGACGCCAAUGAGAUGUUUCUAUGAAGCGAGUAAUUCAAGUUGGUUUAUCACAUCCCAUGUAUGCAUGCAUUGUACUAUAUGCUUUCUCCAUCUACCUUUGGGAAUGUUAAGUAAUUUAUAGACAGCCAGAUUCAAGGGUAUACACCACUCAGUAUUUUAGAUAGGUUCAUCUUCUAGAGUAUUUGCAUCCUAUUUAUUUCAUCAUGCCGAAUUUUCCUACAGCCUUAUGCUCCAAUAGAUCAAACUUAAGCCAUAUAUUCAUAAUGCAUAUAACCUCAAAAUACCACAAGGAUAAAUGUUAAUAACUGAGUGAUUCAUAUAGGUCAUCGAAUCCAUACAUCCAUACAUACAUAAAUACAUACAUACUACAUAUAUGCAUACAUCUAGACUGAUAACAGUGCAUUUUGAAGGUUAUAACAUGAAGGGUGGUCUGUAAUGUUAUGAUCACUGUUUGGUUCAUGACAAUCUUAGCUAGGGGCAUAUCACUCAGCGGUCCUUGUGUCCAUUGCACUGACUCGUACCAAUGUUUGAACCAAUUGCUUGAAACGGAGUUGUAAGAUAAAGUGAGACGCAUGUGAAUAUUGUAAAAUGCAUGUCAAUGCUUGAGAACUGUAUAAUAAAUGUAAGAACUUGUACAUAAUAGAGUGAUGCAUUAGGGUCACUUUAGAAUUAGAUAGUUUUUUUUUUUCUCUCUUUUACACCCUUCAUCUGUCUCUCCCUGGUUAUACUUAUUAUCAUCACACACUUCAUAUUUCCGGUGGAUACAGUUUGUUUUGGUAUGUUAUCGUGUUUCAGUUGAUAUUCCAGUGAUCAAACAGUUGCGGAAGCUGCAAGUUAGAUCCCUUCUAUUACCUGUCGCAGACUUUAAAGGACUCCUCUUUGAUUUGAAUGAAGGUGUUCAUGGAAAUUGUUGUUAUCUUCAUUUGAUCACUCUGUUGUUAUUUAUGUUUGUUCAGAAUUAUAAUUGUUUUAUCAAUUAAAGAAAAUAUCGUGUGAAAAGAACCGAUGAUGAGACUUAAGUAAUGUGUGUUUGCGAGUGUGUAACUGAGACUGGAGGACGCUUGAGAAUAGUUUGUUUGGAAAAUUUUGUUACAUUAGUAUGUGUGCAAAGUGUCCUCUGCUAAGCUGUUCUAUUAACAGUUUAUAUUCCAAAAUAUUUUUUACUUAUAAAACUUUUCAUUCAAGUAUGCUGUGAAUAUCUGCAAAGCCAUAUGCAAGCGUGUACAGUACAAGUGGAUGACGUAAUAAAUUUUGUUCUUAUUUAAUUUAAGUUACGUAUGCAAAUAUCCCCUUCCAUCAUUUAUGCUCCCAUCCUACCCUCCUUCACUUCAAACUCCUCAUUUUUGCCCUGUCAUAAUUAUUGUUUCUGCCAUUUUUUACAUUUGUAUUAAAGACUUUACAAUGA